AGGUAUCUAACGGAUCAGCCCGGUGAUGCCAUAGCCAUGCCGGGGCAGAGAGGGGCUGCACCUCCUGCAGAUGUUGGCCCAGGCGGGGGCGUCCAGUGCCUGGGGGAUGUGCUCGUCUACAGCAGCUCCGUAGGGUCCUGGAUCAACGGCACCGUGGUAGAGAUCUUUGAGACGGACUGCGUGGCGGAUGGCUAUUCCAUGCCGGCGGGAUGUAUCAAGGUGGCGCUCGAGAACGGCAGCAUCAAGUACGUCCAGCCGGAACAGGCGUCCACAGUGCUGCGACCCCGUCAGUUCUUCGACCACGCGAGGGACACGAGAGACACUAGGCCGGCGGGGAAUCCGGAGCCCAGCAGCCGGGCCCAGGUGGGCGAUGCGCGCAUGGAGGCGCGAGAUCGCUGGAACACCUACGAGAUCCGGCUUCAGGAGAUCUUUUCGGACUAUGACAAAGAUCACUCGGGUGCGUUGGAGGUGGAGGAGUUCCGGGCCCUGCUGCGGGACUUCAACCAGGGCCGCAACCCCACGGACGAGGAGUAUGCCUUCAUGAUGAAGCUCGCUGACAAGGACCGCGAUGGGCGAAUCAGCCUGGGAGAGCUGCAUUAUGCCCUUCGGGCCUGGCACAGCUACCGGCACAUGGACGACUCGGUGCUGCGGCUCUUUGCGGAGUUCGACUUUGAUGAGUCCGGUCAGCUCUCGCUCGAGGAGUUGGCCGGCUUGCUCACCGCCAUGAACGGCAACAAGCCCGUGCCCAGGCAGGAGGUCAUCAGAGUCAUGCAGGAGGCGGAUAUCGCAGGAGACGGUGUGAUCCACCGGGCAGAGCUGCUGGGCGCCAUUUCGGCCUGGUACGGCAACGUGGACCGCAAGGACACGGAUCUGCCCUCCUUGAUGCGGGAAGCCUUGGCCAGAAGCAUCAAGGACGCAGACUAUGCGGGCGCGUUGGAUCAAGGCCGCAGCGCCUUUGGACACGCCACGUCGAUGGUGAAGGGCUUCGUGGGCUACUCCCAGGUGGAUGAUGGUUCGGCGCAGCAGUGGACGCCCUCAGCACCGCUACCGGUGAUCUCAGAUUCCAACUUCUCAGAGCAGCCGGUGGGCCAACGGGUGAUUCAGGCGGCUCCUUUGGUCCUCAGCUCCUGCAGCAAGUUCUGCUAUGUGGGCUUCCCCUUCAUCUUCGGCUGGAUCUUGGUGGUCGCCGGCUGGGAGUAUCGAGGCAGCAUUUGCCCGAGAAAUCUGGACGGCAUCCUGAUGUGGUUCGGCUUCCUGGUCCUCGUCUUUAGCGGCCUCGCCUAUGUGACAGACCCCAACGCGGUGGUCGGCCGUAUCGCCAUCCUGGUCAUCCUGGGGGUCCUCAAUAUCGUGGGAUUCCUCUGGACCGCCGACCCGGCGGUUGACCAGAACAAGGGCGCCUGCGGCCUGACCCUGGUAUGGUUCAGCUGGUUUGUCUGGCUCGGGGUGCCGAUCUGCAGCCUAGGCUACAUCGGCUUCCUCUUGGCAUCACAUGUGCGGAAGCUGCAGCGGAAGGACGAGCACCUGCAGAACGAGGUCAUCGUUUUCUGAGUGAGCGGCUAACCGGCCAUUCACGGGACCUGCUUGAAACCCUUC